AUGGUGCUUUGUCCAAUCUGCAAUCGGGGUGUCAAGGCCUCCGAAAUCAAUAGCCAUCUGGAUUCGGGAUGCAAGACCUUCCUAAUCGACGAGACGGCCAAGGAGUCUGCCUCGCCUUCGCCGAACGAAUCGCACAACAACGGUCAGAGCCAGCCGCCGAGCUCGACACAGAAAAAGAGAUCAGCGUCGGACUUCUUCCAGACCCCAGCCGCGAAGAGACAGAUUACUAGUACCGCGCACGCGACGAGGACAUCCACCCCAUCGCAGGUGAACGGCAACGGGGGGAUCAAAGCUGGGAUCAAAGCUGGGAUCAAACGGAGCUACGAAGAGGGGCCGGGAUACACUACAUCACCAACUGGCGUGACGCCAGGCGCGAAUGGAGAAGAAACAUACAAAAAUGGGACUGCGGCGGCAUCAGAACCAGCAACAGUGGCGAACAACGGCAGCAUUGGCCCCCUCGCGAAGCGCACCAAGACCAGCCGGGCGGCCCCACUAGCAGAACGCAUGCGACCGCUCUCGCUAGAUGAUGUCUUCGGCCAGGACCUCGUCGGACCAAACGGGGUGCUGCGGUCAUUGAUUGAGUCGGACCGGGUGCCGAGCAUGAUUUUAUGGGGCGGUUCCGGCACGGGCAAGACGACCAUUGCGCGGUGUAUCGCGCGGCGCGUGGGAAGUCGCUUCAUCGAGCUGAAUGCCACCAGCAGUGGCGUGGCGGAAUGCAAAAAGUUUUUCGCGGAGGCGGCCAACGAACUGGCGCUGACGGGCCGCAAGACCAUCAUAUUCUGCGACGAGAUCCACCGCUUCAGCAAGGCGCAACAAGACGUCUUUCUGAAGCCCGUUGAGGCAGGGACGAUAACCCUGAUUGGCGCGACGACAGAGAACCCCAGCUUUAGGGUGCAGGCGGCGCUGCUUAGCCGGUGUAGGACAUUUACCUUGCAGUCCCUCACCCAGGAAGACAUACAACGAAUCCUCGUGCGAGCCCUACAGCAGGAAAUCGAAGACGAAGGCCUCGAAUUAUCACCCCUGAUCGACGAAGAAUUCCUCCGCUACCUCUCCGCCUUUGCCGACGGCGACGCCCGCACAGCCCUCAACCUCCUCGAACUCGCCCUGUCCCUGACCAACCGGCGGCCUCCAGAAGCCGACGGCGGCGGCGGCGGCGGGGAACCGCUGACCAAAGAAUCCAUUAAGGCGGCCCUGACCAAGACUCUUGUCUACGACCGGGCGGGCGACCAGCACUACGACACCAUCUCAGCUUUCCACAAAUCCGUGCGCGGCUCCGACCCCGACGCGGCGCUGUAUUACCUGGCGCGCAUGCUGCAGUCGGGCGAGGACCCGCUGUUCAUCGCGCGGCGCAUGGUGGUGAUUGCCUCCGAGGACGUCGGGCUGGCGGAUAAUUCCUUGCUUCCCCUCGCCACCGCGACGUACACAGCUACGCAGCAGAUCGGCAUGCCCGAGGCUAGAAUUCCGCUAGCGCAUUGUGCCGUCGCGCUGUGUCUUGCGCCGAAAUCGACGCGUGCGUAUAGGGGGUUGAAUAAUGCGCUGAGUGCGCUGCAGGAGCCGGGGGUUGCGGCGCUGCCCGUCCCGGUGCACUUGAGGAAUGCGCCUACGCGGUUGAUGAGGGAGAUGGGAUACGGUAAGGAGUAUAAGUACCCGCCGAAUUAUAGGGAUGGGAGGGUGAAGCAGGAUUAUUUGCCGGAGGCGUUGGUUGGGAGGAGGUUUUUGGAGGAGAGGGAUUUGGGGACGGAGGUGGAUCCGGAUGUUGAGAUGGGGGAGGGAAAUUGA